UAAUACGCCUUCUAAUCCCCACUUGUCCUCCCUCACCUAUUUCUACGGGCAGCUGAGAACCACCGUUCAGCGAGCUCGCCGUGCCAGCCUGCCCUGCCCGACCUGCCCGUUCUGCCCGUCUCCCUUCUCCUCUUCCCCGAGUAAAAAAAAAAAGAAAAAGAAAAAAUCUCUGCGCUCUCUCUGCCUCGAGUGAAGCCCUUCCCUGCUCUCUUCUCUCUCUAUCUUUCUCCUCCCCUUCUCUUUUCUUCUCCUUCGUUCUCGGCCCUCCGAUCGAGAUCCGACGGUUGACGAUGAGUGACGCCGUGUUCCUCCCUUCCAGCUCGUUUUAGCGCCGGAAAACUCCAGAUCCGCUCAUCCUCCGCUCGGAUCUCCCUUCCAGAUUCGUUGUUUAACGGUUUCCGUUAGAUCCGACGACUUUUGUUCCAUCUCCCACCUCUUCUUCCCGCCUCCCAGGUUCACCGGGAUACGAGAUCUCGGCCGUCCAAAAAAGAAAAAUGGAGACGGUGAUGCCGGCGAUGGUCCCUGUCGCCCCGCUAGCGUGCGCCGCCGAAGUCCUCGCCGUGGGCCUCCUUACCACCGCCGUCCCCAAGGCCCACCUCCCUCCACCGGAUUCGCUCUAUAUUAUGCCCGAUUUUCAAGUGAACAGACGGAACCAUGACAAAAAUGAGCCUGUUGAUGCUGAUGAUGAAGAUGGUGGCGAAGAUGGGGAUGGGGAAGAUGGUGACUUUGGAGAGGGUGAAGAGGAGCUCUCUGAGGAAGAUGGGGAGGGAUAUGAGAAUCCCAACAAUAACAGUAACAAGAAGGCCCCAGGUGGGGAUGCUGGAGGCGAAGACAAUGGAGAGGAUGAAGAGGAAGAGCCUGAGGAGCAGGACGAUGGUGAUGAUGAUGAUGAUGAUGGAGAUGAUGAUGACGAGGAUGAUGAUGAUGGUGGGGAUGAUGAGGAAGAGGUGGUAGAGGAAGAAGAGGAUCAGGAAAAUGAGGAUGAGGAGGAAGAUGACGAGGAGGAGGCACUUCAGCCCCCAAAGAAGAGGAAGAAGUGAAAGCCUUUUUUUUCCUUAGUUGAGGAGGAAGAAGUGAACGCCUUUUUUUAGUUUAAUUUCAUUUUGCUUUUAGAGGAUCCAUUUUCUUUCUUUUCUGUCCAUCUCCUAUCUCCUAACUUUGAUGUUAUCUUAUUUAGAGUGAUGUUGACACACCUUUCAGCAUGGUGGUCUAUGUAGGACUACUGUUAUCUAAUGCAUUAGAGAGCUUCAUAAAAUUCUGAGAUACAUUAAGCCAAACUAGGCAGUCAAUAGAUUCAACUUUGGCAAUUCUAAAA